AUGCUUCCCUUCUUGUUCAUUGGUCUUUUUGUGAGCCUCGUGCUUGCUGCACCUGCCAAGGAACCACUCAAGGCAAACCUUGGUAUCAAGUUUGAGAAGCGUGCUGACCUUCCAACCCUCGUCCUACCUUACGGGACUUGGAAAGCUUCAAAUUAUGACCUAGAUGCAGACAUCUACACUUUCAAGAACAUUAGAUUUGCUGCAUCUCCUACCGGCCAAAAUCGUUGGAAGAAGCCCCAGUCCCCAGAGAAUGUUGACGGGGUUCAAGACGGGAGCUAUGGGCCGAGCUGCAUCCAGCAAAUCCCAAAGGGGCUCAACUUGCUUGGUCCAGGUAACCAGUCGCCCGCUGGAGGAGCACUCAACCAGUUUCUAGGUGGCAUACCUUUGCCAUUGCUCGAGACGGGCGAUGAGGACUGCUUGUUCCUAGACCUGUAUGUCCCUGGAGAUGCCGUGCGGGAUUCAAACGGAAGCAGUCUUCCAGUGAUUGUGUAUAUCUAUGGUGGUGCAUUUACGUUUGGUAGCAAAGACGCCUUGGACUUGAUAGGCUUUUACUCCGGCGAAGGGCUCAUCGAACAAACGGGUGGUAAAGUCAUCUAUGUUGCGGGUAAUUAUAGGGUCGGCGCUUACGGCUUCCUUGCGGGGAGCACCAUGGAGAAGGAUGGUCUGCCCAAUGCUGGUUUCUGGGAUCAGCGAGCUGUCUUCGAAUGGGUCCAGGAUCAUAUCAGCCUGGUAGGAGGAGACAAGGACAACGUCAAUGCCUGGGGCGAGUCUGCCGGUGCCAGCUCAAUCCUUCACCAUCUGACCGCACAGGGGGGGAAGCUCGGACCCUUGUUCAAACGUGCCGUCUCAUUGAGCCCUGCAUACCAAUUUAUGUGGGACCGGAAAGGUGGGCUGGAAGACACGUUCCAAAGCUUUGCCUCCCUGGCUGGUUGCGAGAGCAAAGGUGUAGAGUGCCUACGCGCUGCAGAUGCAGACGUCCUCAAGGAUGCAAAUGACAAAUUGAUCGACCAGGCACCCUUGGGAUCGUUCAACAUCGGCCCCGCAGCCGACGGUGACUUUGUUAGACAGCUUGCGCCGUUGGAGUUUGCAAGUGGCAACUACUACAAAGGCCUGGAGUCGCUCAUCGUCAGCCACACAGCAGACGAAUCCGAGCUCUUCGUUGACGGACACAUCCAAACCGACGAACAAUUCAACGGCUUCGUCGACGAUGUUUUCCCCGACUACUCCAAAACCUCGGGCAUCAACGCCGCCAUCGAGUCCUUCUUCCCACCCGUCAGCACCAACAAAACCUACAGCACCGAAACGGCGCGCAUGAAAGCCUUUAUCCGCGACACGUCGUUCACAUGCUACGCGCGGUACCUGACUGACGCCUAUGCCGGCAACACCUGGAACCUGCAGUACAGCGUGACGCCCGGCUGGCACGGCACAGACCUGCUGCCGACCUUCUACAGCACGUACGUCUCCUUCGGCGGCAAGGUGCCGUACAACCUGAUCCCGGGGUUCGGCGACCUGGCGCAGACGUACCAGAGCUACCUGACGUCGCACGCGCGGGCGGGCGACCCGAACACGUACGCGAAGAAGACGGGGCUCAAGGCCGCGGUCGAGUGGCCGCGGCCCGGAACCGAGGGCGAGGAUUUCACGAGUGUGCUGAAUGCCGGCGAUGAUGGGUUUUCGCUCGUCACGGAUACGAAGCUGCCGAAGCGUGAGUGCGACUUUGUGCUCCAGUUGGCGGCGGCCGUUACGAAUGUCGGUGGGUAUGCGCCGCCGGGGACGGAGCAGCCGCAGAGCUUGGUGCAGUGGGAGGGGGAUCCGAGUGCGAAUUAUUAGGUUUUUGAGGGCUUGUUUGUAGGCAAUGUGGAGUUGGGGUUUGGAAGCGGGUAUGGUUAUUAGGAACGCUUUAGUUGCUUACCUGCCUUAUGAUUCUGAUGCCGUG